CCGGAUAACGGGAACGGAGAAGGGGGUACAGGAGCAAAAAAAACAAAAAACAAAAAAAAACGCGUCAGUGUGUCAGACGCAGACGGUUUUGCUAUUGUAUAACACAGGCCUUCAGCUUUUCCUCUCUGCCCCUGCGCGGAGGAGCGGCCUCUUUUUUCUUUCAUUUACCUUUUUCCCUGUCCUCUGACCGCGGAGGGAGACGCCGAGCGGAGCGGAGCUGCGGGGCUCGCCGUUACAUCGGAGGACCUGCACAUGUCGGUGCGGUGAGGGACCGCUUGUUUCCCCGCCCUGAUACGGUUGAAGGAAGGCAGGAGGAGAAGGAGGCUGAGUGGACUAUAACAUCUUUAGCCUUCAAGGAAAUCAAAGAAAAAAAGAAAUAUCAGGUUUUAACGGUUUAAAGAAGGACCCAUUAUAGAGGGGGAAAAACGAGGCAGGAGGACAACAGUGAUGCCGCAGCUGAAGUGGGCCCAGAUUGAUGAUUUUAUGAUAUCAUCAUUCACCGCCAGGACCGAGCACUGAUUUUUAUUGAUAAAAAAAUCGAGGAGAAGAAGAAGAAGCUUUAAAGUGGCACGGAGGGCGUUUGUUUGCGUCUGAUCCGGAUAAACAGGAGGUGCUUUUUGUCUUUAUUUUUUAAGCCUAUCAGGAGCUCAGCUGCAUGAUAUCAUACAGCAAAUAAACAUCCAAAUCCAGGCUGAUGACUUAGGCGGUGUGUGACGCCAAUACAGCAGCAGCAGCAGCAGAGGCGUGUGUGUGUGUGUGUGUGUGUGUGUGUGUGUGAGGAGGAGACGCGCCUGUCUGAGCAUCAUCUGGUAGCUGUUCCAGGCUACUCCUGCACGGCGAUGAUACACAAGCGAUUCUUUUCAUCUGUGUGUGAAAAGCUGAAGCUUCGAGGAUGAUGAUGACGAUGAUGAAGAUGCCAUUUCCAGUCCGGCUCUGAUAGAGACAACGAGGCGCGCAGCACGGGACUGGACCCCUAGAAAAUCUCGCUCUCUCUCUCCUCUCCUCACCUCUCCUCCGCCUCUGCACCUUUCUCCCCCCCUCCUUACUUUCUAUCUCUCACCCCUCUCCUCCUCCUCCCUCCUCCUCCUCCACCACCACCCCUGGAGCCGCUUUUUUAAAAUUCUGAUCAGUUGAUAAUCCAUCUGUGAUUCAGAUAGCCACCCACUCCCCCCUCCACCCUCAUCCUCUGCUUUAUUCAGCCUUACAUCCUCUUAAUAAACAUUCCCCCUCGUUACACACUCACUCGCAAAAGCAUCCACACCACCUCCACCUCCAGCCAUCAUGGAGACGACCAAGCUGCCUCCGUCCAGCCCGUCCUCGCCGACCACCAGCUUCUCGGUGCCGUCUGCGGAGAAGGUGGAUGGCUUCCCGCGAAGGUCCAUGCGCAGGGCCCGACAGAGGAGGUCCCACAGCUCCUCUCAGUUCCGCUACCAGAGCUCCCAGGUGGAGCUCACUCCGCUGCCCCUGCUCAAAGACGCCCCGGUGGCAGAGCUGCACGACCUGUUCUGUAAGAAGCUGCAGCAGUGCUGCGUGCUGUUUGAUUUCCUGGACUGCGUGGCUGACCUGAAAGGGAAGGAGAUCAAACGUGCGGCGCUCAACGAGCUGGUGGAGAGCGUGGCCACGAGCAGAGGAGUCCUCAUAGAGCCUCUCUACCCGGAGGCUAUAAAGAUGAUCUCUGUAAAUAUCUUCAGGACUCUCCCACCCAGCGAGAAUCCAGAGUUUGACCCCGAGGAAGAUGAGCCGACACUGGAAGCCUCCUGGCCACACCUGCAGCUGGUGUAUGAGUUCUUUCUGCGUUUCCUGGAGAGCCCGGACUUCCAGCCCUCCAUGGCCAAACGCUACGUGGACCAGAAGUUUGUCUUGCAGCUCCUGGAGUUGUUUGACAGCGAGGACCCGAGGGAGCGGGAGUACCUAAAGACCAUCCUGCACCGCGUCUAUGGAAAACUGCUGGGCCUCCGAGCCUACAUCCGCAAACAGAUCAACAACAUCUUCCUCAGGUUCAUAUAUGAAACUGAGCACUUCAAUGGAGUUGCGGAACUGUUGGAAAUCCUCGGCAGCAUCAUAAACGGCUUCGCCCUGCCGCUGAAGUCUGAACAUAAGCAGUUCCUGGUUCGGGUCCUCAUCCCGCUACACACGGCAAAGUCCCUUUCCAUCUUCCACGCGCAGCUGGCCUACUGUGUGGUGCAGUUUAUGGAGAAAGAUGCCACAGUCACUGAAUAUAUCAUCAGAGGGCUGCUCAAGUACUGGCCUAAAACCUGCACGCAGAAAGAGGUGAUGUUCCUGGGGGAGAUCGAGGAGAUCCUGGAUGUGAUAGAGCCAUCUCAGUUCAUGCGGAUUCAGGAGCCGCUCUUCAAGCAGAUAGCAGCCUGCAUCUCCAGUCCUCACUUCCAGGUAGCGGAGCGGGCUCUUUACUUCUGGAACAAUGAAUACAUCCUCAGUCUGAUUGAGGAAAACUGUCAAGUCAUCCUUCCACUGGUGUUCGCUACCCUCUACAGAGUCUCCAAGGAGCACUGGAACCAGACCAUCGUGUCUCUGAUUUACAACGUGCUGAAGACCUUCAUGGAGAUGAACAGCAAACUCUUUGAUGACCUCACUGCCUCCUACAAAGUGGAGAAACAGAAGGAGCUGAAGCGAGAACGGGAGCGUGCCGAGCUCUGGCGAGGCCUGGAGGAGUACCAGGAGCGCCGGAUGCAGAUGCUCACGGAGGCCGCCAGGAACCAGCGCAACCUCCAGGAGCGAGGCGAGAGAGGGGACACGCUUAACCCUUCCUCCCCGCAGACAGCUCACUCCGACCAGCCCGAGCCCAAGCCCAGCGGGGCCUCUUCUGGAGCCGGGGAAAGCGCCACCUAGGUGUCACUCCAUUAGAUCAAAUGGGGGGGAGGGGAGGGUUAGGGGACAGGGAGAAAGCAGGAAGAUGACGGUAAAAGUGUUGGGAGACAGAAAAAGGUACAAAACAAGUCCACUGUUUUUUUUUCUCUGUCGUCUUGUGUCACGGAGGUGGUCGCUUUUUGUAAAAAGGCGCAAACUCGGUGAUCCAAGGUAAACACUGUACCUUCUUUCUAACAGAGUUGUGUGAAACUGGUUCACUUUUUGCUGUACACACAUUAUGUUGCAGACCAGAAGAUAAAUACUGUCCGAGUGCAGACUGUCAUUUAAAUUCGUGGAAACGGCAGAUCAGUGCCCUGAAAUCGGUAGCUGGUCUGCUUCAAAUCUGCCUCAAAACGAGAGAUAAAACAUCUCUUUUGGUGCAACACUUACCACGUUUAACACAUUUCUAAGUCGCCUAAGGGAGGACGAGUCUGCGCCGUGGCCUCGUAUUUAUCUUUUGGUCAGAGAUGCUGAUUUCAUGCGUGGAUAGCACAAUACAUCAAUAAACAAAAGAAGCAAUUUCACACAAAAGUCCCAAAACUAUUGCCGAACCCACGAACCGCCACAUAGACGCGGGCACAGGUACAUUUUUAUUGUAAAUAUCAGAGGACAGAGCUACAGAGAGUUUAUCCAGGUUAAACAAUUCACACGCCAACAGCUAAUUCAUGCACCUGAAUAUUACUUUAAAUCACACUGUCUCUCUCACACACACACACACACACACAUACACAGACACACACGGCUGAUUCUGGCGUUAACUCCUCUCCCAGUCUGCCGGGUUCCACCAAAGGAUGAGCCUGAAGUCCCUAAUAACCGCUGAUGAAGAUGAUGAUAUAAGUACAAUAAUGUUCCUUCUUCUUACUUGUUACUCUACUACUAUUACUCUACUCUAAGUACUACUGAUGAUGAUAAUGUUUUUAUAUAUAUACAUAUGUCUCUGGAUAUUUCUGUAGUGUAUUAUGGGAGAAACACUAGUGUAGCAGAUAUCAUAAAGGGGAAGGUCCACUCGAAUUCUGAAUUCACAUCACGUGUUAAAUGUAUGAGGCUGUAAUGUGAGUGCUGAAGUUCAGCAGAAUUCCCCUUUAGCAGACCUUAAAAGGAGGAGGAAUGAACUGGAUUGGCAUGGGUGGAUUUGCUUUCAUUCAUUACUUGUGGUGUGGUAGAUUUAAAAAGCAAACAAAGAAAUCCCCAAACAUUCCACGUUUAAAGCUCGUGAAUCAUUUUUUUUAAAGGUGCUGUGUGGAGUUUUGUUCUAAACACAGAUGAUUUUAUGUCUUACUCAUCAUGAAUGUACUUUGUCUGUUCGGGAGGCCUGGUGAAUUUACAUUUUUAACAUCCGCAUUUGCUAGCUAAAACAAGCUACAUAUGCUAGGUUUAGCUUCUGUGAUGAUACUGGUUUGUGAAGUCCUGUUUUGAAGUUUGACUUUCUGGAUCCAGAGGUUAUUGGCUAAUGAUAGCAACCUUUGUUAGCAAGGUGCAUACACUGAAUGGGAGUAGCAUAGCCUCAAUCCAUGCAUCCAUCCGUGACCGAUGGCUAAUUAAUCCUUGACGUGUUGGUCAUCGUGUCUGCGAAUAAUGGCUUUGCCACGACUCGGUACUCGCCGCAGUAUUUUCCUAAAUGGUAGGCGUCGCCAUUCAGACAAAACCUCCACAUUAGCGCUGGUUCGGUCAAAAUCGUAAAUAAAGAAAUUACUGAAUGUUUAUUUAUUCCAGAAGGUCUCAUCUUUUCAAUACUGUUGCAACACCUCCCUCUGUUUAAUCUGUAAAUCUGUGUCAAUAAAAUGGUUGUGAAAACUGUCGCGAUCGCCACAAAAAGUAACCAAGCGCAACUUGAUGCAUGCAAUACGACGCCACUUUUGUCAUUCACGAGGCUGAGAAUGUUGAGCAUACAUGGGCCUUUAGGAGGUGCCCGGGAGGCAUCCUGGUCACAAACCACCUGAACCGACUUAUUUUCUGUGUGGUGAAGUGGCAGCUUUAGUCUGAGCGCCUCCUGGACGAUCAAGCUUCUUAACCGAGCUCUAAGAGAGCACACCAACCCCACAAACGCUUUCCACGUGGGUGUAGUUGACUGGGUCAGAUUAGCAGACAGCUAGGUUGGGUAAAUAAACAUGCUUUAUCUAUCAUCUCUUAUUGGUUGAAAGUUCCACAGCUUACCUUUAAUUUUAAUUUGGCACCAAAUGAUGAUAUUUUUUUUGGUGUGUACGUGUGUUUAUUUUCUAAUUUAGAACCUCAUCACAGAGUAUUACAUUUAAACAAAUCCAAGCAGACUCAUAAAGCCCACCCAACACAGGAGAAUGAAUGAAACCCACCGCAUGUGUGUCAAAUCAAAAGAAAAACACCGCAAUCCAGUUGGAUUUCUGAACCUGGAACGUCUGCAGGUUCAAGCAGACCUAAAGCUGCUAGAUGGUGACCAUGAUGAGGAAGCUUUUUUUUUUUUUUUUUUUUGAUGUGAACCAACAAAAAUCUGUUUAUUCUUGUCUGAUCAUUAUGAUAGAGUGAUGGGAUACAAGAGAGGGAGGAAAAAAACUGAAAAAAAUUAUUUUAGCAAUAUUUUCAUUCUUUCAGGAUAAUCUGUGUUUUUCAGGGGGUGACGACAGGAAGUGGGUGUCACACUGAAACGUUUACCUCCCACUCUUGUUUUUAUUCCUGUUGCGUCCUUGAUAUUCACAUUGUCUUAAAGGUACCUUCUGUGUAGAUUUAUUUGAUGAGAAAUUUUUGCUUUGUAAAUUACGUUGUUAAUUUUAUUGGUUUUUGUAUAAUCUUGUUUUUUGUGGAAAACUGAGUCUGAUGCUAUUUAUUUUCUAUUUGAUCAGGAAAUGUAACCUUAUUUGACGGUCAGGUUGUGUGUGUGUGCGUGUGUGUGAGCGCGCAUGUGUUUGCGUGCGUGGGUGCUUGAGUGUGUAUCCAGUGAGUGAUUCGGCGAGCAGGAGAUAUGCGUAGACAGAGCGACAGAGAACGGGAGAAAGCAGUCGUCUCUUUGCUUCUUUUUCUCUCUCUCGCCUUCUCUCCUUCCUGUGGGACAGGGUUUGAAUCCGAAUGUAUCGUGAAACAAAACUGAUUGUUCUUUUUUUUUUUAACGCUUGACACGCAGAGCUAAGUGUCGGCUGCUUCGAACCAAACUUUCAAAAAAUCCCGCAGAACCGUUUUUUUCCUAGACGCUCACUUAAAAACUUGUCUGAAUCAGCAAUGUUUCGAAAUCGUUUCCAGCUUCGUACCAAAAGGGUUUGUUGCUUUCAAACUUUGGUGAAGCGGCUUUGCGUUUUUAUUUCCUUUCUUUUUUAUAAAGAUCUUACAACUUCUGUCACCUUUGACGCCAAAAACCAAAUUUUGUUACAAUUUAGCACAAAGCUCCAGUACUCACUGUGCGACUGUUUGAAAGCUACUGUCACAUAAAGGCGCCUAAGUUAUCGUUAUAACAACAGGACAACUGAACAUCACUGAAGUCUAUGGGUAACGCUAGAAGCGGGCAACUACAGAUAAGUUAUUGGUGCUGGUUUCAUUAAUUCGACUUUUUUCUUUGAUUGUAUUUUGCAAAAAGAGUGCAAAAAUCCAAAGUCCGAUUUUGUCGUCAACCUCAAUCGCCUAAAACUCCAAAAACAAGUGGAACAUUUUCUUUCUUAAAUCCUAUAAUUUACUCCAUGUCGCCACCUGGCUGACAACGAGAGACCCUUCCAUUUUUGGGAUUUCAAACAUUGUCUUGAUUCAGGCAGGUGACACUCAGAAACACAAUCGAACAGAGACAAAACUUGACCUCGCUGUCACUAAACUUGGUUUGCUUCAUGAUUUUUUUUUUUUUCUUGGGUUGCUUACUCACAAACCCUCUAGAUUGUUGUUGUUGGGAUGACCCCAGCUCCCAAUGUUCAAGAAUUCUCCAUGAUAAUGAUUAAUAAUAAUAUUCCUCGAUUCUAGCAUUCUGCCAUCCAAUCAGGAACUGCUCCAGAACAGGAAGUGAGAGAGGAGAGAGUGUUUGUAGAGAGCUCCGGUGUCGCCUCACAGACCGCCAUCAAGCACUGCUUUCAUGGACGCUCGCAUUUCCUCUCUGUGGCCGUUUUCAGGAGGCCAGAUUUUAACAAAUGCUUUAAGUCAGAGGGGCGAUGUGGGUGGAUCUGAUGAAAGACAGACAGUAAAGACAAAAAAAGAAAACAGAGGAGGGGGAAGAUAGAGGAAAGAAAAGACAUAGACACGAUAGAAUGGCAAUAAGUCAGAGCAACAGAAUGAGAAUAUAACGUUACCGAAACCUACUACUGCAUUACGUAGCAAUUUCACUGAAUUUCUAGAUUUGCACUGUCUGCCCAAUGGUCUGUUUGUUGUGUUGAAGAAAAAAAACAAAACAAGAGAAAAUGAUAAAGAUGAUGCAGACGAAGAAGAUGUAUAUUUUGGGGACCAACACAGUGGUGGGGGGGUUUGAAUGUAGAGUGGCUUACUACUGUAUGUAUCAUUACAGGGAAGUGUAGAAUGGAGAAAAAAAUAUAAUGUGCUAAAAACUAAAACUUCACUUUGAGAAAACA